GAGUGCGUGACGUGUUUCCGGAAAUUCCCUUCUCCACCGGCAAGAUGGCAGAUGAGGCGACAAGAAAAGCCGUUUCGGAAAUACCGCUUUUAAAAACGAACUCCGGGCCCCGCGAUAAAGAAUUGUGGGUGCAGAGACUUAAAGAAGAGUAUCUAGCCUUGAUCAAAUAUGUGGAAAAUAACAAGAAAGCGGACAACGACUGGUUCCGUCUGGAGUCCAACAAGGAGGGCACUAGGUGGUUUGGGAAAUGCUGGUUUAUUCAUGAUCUACUGAAGUAUGAGUUUGACAUGGAGUUUGAUAUCCCUGUGACAUACCCCGCUACAGCUCCGGAAGUUGCUAUUCCUGAGCUUGAUGGGAAGACUGCCAAAAUGUACAGAGGAGGGAAGAUUUGUCUGACGGACCACUUCAAGCCACUCUGGGCAAGAAAUGUGCCCAAGUUUGGACUUGCUCAUCUUAUGGCUCUGGGGCUUGGACCCUGGCUGGCCGUAGAAGUGCCAGAUCUCAUUGCCAAGGGUCUCGUACAACACAAGGAGCAGCAGAGUAGCUGAGAAUCCUGGGCUUGUUCACUUCAGAAUGAGCGAGACCGAUGUUGUUGCGAUGGACCGAUCGCAAACCUUGACGCAUCUGACAUCCGCAGACUUCCUCUAUGUCAAACCAGCGGUCUGUUCACUCCUUAAAGAGUCACAUUGACUUUUCACACACCCUUUUCCUCCAAUGAUGUGUCUUGAAUAAGUCUGUAAAAAGAACAUGUAGUCCAUUUUGUGAUUCACGUGUAAAAAUAUAGCCACCCAGAACAACUGGUUUAGUGAUUGUCCCAGUGUCUACCCUGAAAUGAACCUUCAAUUUUGUGGAAACAGUAUUUUAAGGUGAACAGAACAUCACAUAUUAAGAAAAGUAAACCACUGACAAACUAAAGUUAUAGUCUAGCUUUUCAUCCAGAAGUACGGAGCAUUGCAUAUUUUGUGGGUCUUUUAAGCUGUUUAGCCAAUCUUGUCCUACAGUCUGAAAAUAAAGGAUACUUAAAACAUU